AUGCCGUCUUUCACUGGAUACGCCCUGGCGGCUCUCGUUGCUGCAGUUCCAUUCUCAUCUGCUCAGACUUCGACCAAAUGCAACCCGCUGAAGGAGUCUUGUCCGCCAGAUGGAGGGUUGAACCAGUAUAACUUCUAUAGUGAUUUCACCCAGGGUGAUUCAGCCCUUGAUGGCUGGACGACCACUGCCGGAAAAGUAACCACCAAUUCAAAGGGCGCUGUGUUUACAAUCAACAAGCAGGGUGAUGCACCGACUAUCCAGAGUGAAUUUGCCAUCUUCUUCGGCGAACUCGAGGUUAAAAUGCAAGCCGCUCCGGGGACAGGCAUCGUCAGCUCGCUUGUGUUUGAAUCUGACGACCUUGAUGAAAUUGACUGGGAAGUGCUUGGGGGUGACACCACUCAAGUUCAGAGUGACUACUUUGGCAAGGGUAACACAAGCACUUACGACCGAGCCACCUUUAUCAAUGUGAACAGCCCCCAGACUUCUGUCCACACGUAUUCUGUCGUCUGGACCUCCGCUUCCAUUGUUUGGUAUGUCGAUGGCAACUCUGUGCGGACUCUCCAGUAUGCCGAUGCUGUCGGUGGCUCCAACUUCCCGCAGACGCCCAUGCGCAUCAGGAUUGGCAUCUGGGCCGGUGGUGACCCCAGCAACGGUGAAGGUACCAUCGAAUGGGCCGGUGGUGAGACUGAUUUCAGCAAGGCUCCGUUCACCAUGUACGUCGAAUCAGUCAAGGUCAUCAACUACAACCCGGCCUCUACCUAUACGUACACGGACCAAACAGGCUCGUACCAGAGCAUCAAGGCUUCGAACUCGUCGACUACCAGCGGCAGCUUCUCCGCGUCGAGCUCGGAUGAGCCUUCUUCCUCCAGUACAUCAAGCUCAUCCUCGUCCUCAACCUCCAGUACGUUGCAAAGCUCCUCCACCUCCGCGUCCAGCACGGCCUUCUCCAGCUCUACCUCCACAUCCAGUACGUCGAGCCCUCCUCCUUCCACUUUCAGUAGCUCGACCAUCAUUUCCUCUCCAUCCACCUUCAGUACCUCAGCAUCUCCCCUCCAAUCCACUUUUAGUUCCUCGAUCGCACCCUCCCCUUCCUCCACUCCCAAGAUUUCGAGUUCAUCCUCCACCGCUGAUGCAUCAAACUCGCCUUCCCCUACAGAUACCUCGGGCUCUUCCUCCGAUUCGCCUUCCGCAUUGGCGGCAUCUGGGUCCCUCGCAAGCUCGGGCGCCAGCAGCACGGGCCAAACGUCUUCUGGUGCCUCCGCCGUCAGCCUGGGUGGCUCUUUCAUGUUGCUGACCUUGAUCACCGGACUGUUUAAUAUCUAA